UGCGCUUGUUGCAGUGAGCGCGGAGGGUUUGUGCGCUCUCGGGUUAUGAAGUUGUGGACAGGAGGAGAGGAUAUCGGUGACAGCAAGACGCGCAGAGGAGGAGAAGAGUAGAUGCUCGUUGGUGUCGUUCCACUCUUCAUUCUGGGGAAUACGCUUAAAUCGGGAGAUUGCGGCGGAGAAACGCGCUGAAACGAGUUUGUGGCAUUUAACUGGGAGACCAAGCAUACCCAACAGUAUGCGGUGCAGUUAUGGCAGGCAAGGGUAAGACAGUCGUGAGGACGCUGGAGGAUUUAACGCUUGAUUCUGGUUAUGGUGGAGCCGCGGACUCGGUUAGGUCGUCCAGCGUGUCGCUGUGCUGCUCCGACACGCAUCAGUCCAUCUCGCAUGGGGGAAACUGCUGGCAUCUGACGGAAUCCAUGCACAGCAGACACAACAGUUUGGACACAGUCAACACCGUCCUGGCGGAGGACACGGAGAUACUGGAGUGCUCGGGUCACUGCGCCAAGCUGCCCGAGCUGGAGGAGGUGCCAUGGACCCUGGGCGAGGUGGAGGGCGCGCUGAGGAAAGACGAGGAGCUGAUGGUGGGCAACCCGCCACCGGAGGUCCUGGCGCGACUGUCGACUCUCAUUAGCCGUGCGCUGGUGAGGGUGGCCCGGGAGGCGCAGCGACUCAGCUUGCGCUACGCCAAGUGCACCAAGCACGAGAUCCAAAGCGCCAUCAAGGUGGUGCUCUCGUGGACCAUCUCCGUCAACUGCAUCACGGCGGCUCUGAGCGCCUUGUCCCUCUACAACAUGAGCACCGGGGACAAGUUCAGCCGAGGCAAGUCCGCGCGCUGCGGGCUGGUCUUCUCCGUGGGGAAGUUCUUCAGGUGGAUGGUGGAUAGUCGGGUGGCCCUAAGGAUCCACGAGCACGCUGCCAUAUACCUCACCGCCUGCAUGGAGAGUCUGUUCAGAGAGGUUUUCACCCGCGUCCUGCGCAGCGCGCUCGUGGAGAGGGAUAACGGGAUCCCCAAGUUUACGCUGGAGUCAAUGGAGCAAGCCAUCUGCAACGACUCGGAGAUCUGGGGUCUGCUGCAGCCCUACCAGCACCUCAUAUGUGGCAAGAAUUCAAGUGGUGUGCUGAGCCUCCCGGAGAGUCUGAACCUGCACAGGGACCAGCAACGCUCGGGGAGGGGCAGUGAAGGUCACGGGUACACCCAAGCUGAGCUCCGGACCCUGGAGCAGUCCCUGCUCGCGACCCGAGUGGGAAGCAUUGCGGAGCUGAGUGAUUUGGUCUCCCGGGCCAUGCACCACCUCCAGCCGCUGCACAUCAAGAAUGCCAGCAACGGGACUCCGGUCCACCAGAAGGCCAACACCACAGUGCACUGGGAGCCCGAAGCCCUCUAUACCCUGUGUUACUUCAUGCACUGCCCGCAGAUGGAGUGGGAAAACCCCAACGUAGAGCCAUCCAAAGUCACCUUACAAACUGAGAGGCCGUUCCUGGUGCUGCCCCCGCUGAUGGAGUGGAUCCGGGUGGCGGUUGCUCACACUGAACAUCGACGGAGCUUCUCUGUGGACAGUGACGAUGUGAGGCAGGCUGCCAGGCUGCUGUUGCCCGGCGUGGACUGCGAACCCCGACAAAUAAAAGCCGAGGAUUGCUUCUGUGCCACUAGAAAGCUGGACGCAGCCUCCACAGAGGCCAAGUUCCUGCAGGAUCUGGGCUUCAGGAUGCUCAACUGCGGUCGGACGGACCUGGUCAAGCAGGCCGUGAACCUGCUGGGGCCUGAUGGCAUUAACAGCAUGAGCGAGCAGGGAAUGACCCCUCUCAUGUAUGCCUGCGUUCGUGGUGAUGAGGCCAUGGUCCAGAUGCUUCUUGACGCCGGAGCGGACAUCAACAGCGAGGUGCCAAGCACAGUAAACAAGCACCCCUCAGUUUAUCCUGAAACGCGCCAGGGGACGCCACUCACUUUCGCCGUGUUACACGGACACGUCCCUGUCGUGCAGUUGUUGCUGGAUAAUAGAGCGAAUGUGGAGGGCGCCCUGCAGGAUGGGGCGGAGAACUACACAGAGACCCCACUUCAGCUGGCCGCCGCUGCAGGUAACUUCGAGCUGGUGAGUUUGCUUUUGGAAAGAGGGGCUGACCCCAUGAUUGGAACCAUGUGUCGAAACGGCAUCUCCUCCACCCCGCUGGGAGACAUGAACUCAUUCAGCCUGGCAGCAGCACAUGGCCACAGGAAUGUUUUUCGGAAGCUCCUGUCCCAUUCAGACAAAGAAAAGGGGGAUGUGCUGUCCCUGGAGGAGAUUCUAGCUGAGGGUUCAGAUCCAGGGGAGAAGAGGUUGGCUCCCCAGGCCAAUGGUGGAGGGACCCUGCGAACAGGAAAGGCCAGACUGAGGGCCCUGAGAGAGGCCAUGUACCAUAGCGCAGAGCACGGCCAUGUGGACAUCACCAUAGACAUCCGCAGCUUAGGUGUUCCCUGGACGCUGCACACCUGGCUCGAGUCCCUGCGUACCUGCUUCAUCCAGCACCGCCGACCGCUAAUCCAGGGCCUGCUCAAAGACUUCUGCUGCAUCCAGGAGGAGGAGUACACUGAGGAGCUGAUCACGCACGGCCUGCCACUCAUGUUCCAGAUCCUCCGAUCCAGCAAGAAUGAGGUGAUAAGUCAGCAGCUGUCAGUCAUUUUUACGCAGUGCUACGGGCCCUUCCCCAUCCCUAAGCUGACGGAGAUCAAGAAGAAGCAGACCUCGCGCUUAGACCCCCACUUCCUGAACAACAAGGAGAUGUCUGAUGUUACCUUCCUGGUGGAGGGGAAACCAUUUUAUGCACAUAAAGUUUUGCUGUUUACAGCUUCACCCAGGUUCAAGUCGCUGCUGCAAAACCGACCAGCAGCAGAAAACACCUGCAUUGAGAUCAGCCAUGUCAAGUACAAUAUUUUCCAUUUGGUGAUGCAGUAUUUGUACUGUGGAGGCACCGAGUCCCUGCACAUACGCAACACUGAAGUAAUGGAGCUCCUGUCUGCAGCCAAAUUCUUCCAACUAGAGGCCCUUCAGAGACACUGUGAGAUCAUCUGCUCCAAGAACAUCACCACCGAAACCUGUGUGGACCUCUACAAACACGCUAAGUUCCUUGGUGCCACGGAGCUGACGGCUUUCAUCGAGGGCUACUUCCUGAAGAACAUGGUGCUGCUGAUCGAACUCGAUGGCUUCAAGCAGCUCCUGUACGAACCUUCCCCCGCCGAGAGCCCCGUGUCCAGCCCCGGCAUCUGCUCCGACAUCCUCCACGACCUGGAGAAGACUCUGGCCGCACGCAUCCACUCCAUCCACCUCUCCACCUCCAAGGGCUCCGUGGUGUGACGUCAUCCUCACCGGAGCCCUUCGAUCCAACCACAGCAUCCAUGUAAUGCCACUUUUAGCAUCCAGCGUCCCGCUUUACUUCCCCGUUUUCCCCUGACCAAGCACCCACCCCGCUGAUGAAGAGGAGCUGUCGGAUGUUUUUAAGUCAGGAAUUCCCUUUAAUUCUGCCUGUUGCAGCUCAAUGGGGGUUCAUGUUGCGACUUUCUGACCUUGAACUUUUGCCCUGUGGCUCCCAUCGGUCACUUCACACCCUGAAGAGUAAUAAAAACCUACAAGAAAAAACAAAAAAAAACAGAACUGCCUUGACCCAACAGUAUCAUUUAGCUCUAACCAUGAUUCUAAAAAAUUUCUAUUGUAUUUCAUAUAGGAUACGUGCAUGAAAUACAUAGGCUACUGUACACUGUUUUUCACUCAAAAAGGUAGAGUAGAAUUUUAACUCAAUAAAUGCAGCUUUGUUAUCAUCUGCGAAAUGAGACUGUGGUUUACAAACAAUAAUACUUUAUGGAAGUGGAUGCCAUUACACAUGCCAAAAUCUAGAUAUAACCCUUCUAUACAACCAAUAAAAGUGAUUAGUAGCAAAGCCAGCAGGCGGACUUUUAGGUGGCUCUUAUUUACAUCUCAUUCUGUCUCUUCUAUGUUGGAUUCACUGUGUUAUAUCUACUGUGUGCAGAGGCCAAACUGAUCACAGGAACUUCCACCGUGGCCGACACUGCGGCCGGCACUCAUUCGACUAAAGACGGCCCACUCAGUGAAAUCUAUGCUGACUUAUGCUUGAAACAUGGAUGCCCAACUGGGAAAUUAACUUGCGAUAACGCCCACGGACGACUCUUUUUAAAAAAAAAAAAAAAUUAUUGUUACUAUUAUUGGUAUUUUUUUUUUGCAUGACAUCUUGUCAACUGAGCUGACCCCUGGUGUUGCUUUUUAUGCAGAUAUUACUUCACGGACCACUUUCGCAAGGGGAAGUAAGGGGAAAACGCUGCUUGUUAACUUUGUAUCCACUGCAAAACUGAUCAAAAGCGGGAUUUGGAGAGGGGGGGGUUUCAAUUAGCAGGGACUUUCUCUUUAAAGAUGCUUAAAGUAAGCAUGUUAAUACAUUCUGAAAGUCAUAGUGUUAGUUUUUUUGUUAUUGUUUUUUUUGUAAGCUGAUGUACAGUAUCCCCACCUCCCCUACACACACCCGCUUGGCUGCUGACACCAGUCUCAUUGAAUGUGCUCCCUGCUGUGCGUCUUGUUUAUGCAAAGUUGCAUGUUUACUCUGUUCGUAUGACUCCUCUGUUUUUGCUUUAGGUGUGCUUUCUGUGUAGACUGAGUAGGCUGAGUGAGGUGUUGAAGAGGUUUUGCCUCAAAUUACUUGAGCUCUUUCAGAUAAUAUUCUAAGCCAUCGGGGUAGACCAUGAGAUGCAUGUUAAAGUCACUCUUUGUUUAAGGCUUCACCCCCACAUGAAUUCUUCGAAGGAGAGGCUGAAUCCUGCACAGAGCACUGAGUUUAUUAGAGGCACAAUUACCCUAUUUAUACCAGCCAUCUGUAUCUGGACACGUUCUCUCAAUGCAUAUCUGAUUUAUGGGUCUUUACAUUUACAACCGGUAUAAAAAUGCAUCCUCGGUCUCUCCACUCUGCUUGUAAUCAGUAUGGAAAUUAGUUGGACUUGUCAAAAAACAUGGCACGUCCCACGUCAGGGUUCUGUUUAUUUGACUGAGCUGCUCCAUGAAGCAGCUCGGUAAAAUAAGACCUCCAAAUGUUGUGUGGUUUGGACAUAUGUUAAUUGCAAGUCUAAAUGGGGUAAAUGUAGACGAUGUUAUUUGACUUACACAGCCACUUUAUCCAGUUCAACUGCUCGUUAAAUGUCUGAUGAGUCUCGAUUUCUGCUGCAACAUUCAGGCGAAAGGGUCAGAAUUUGGAGUAAACAACAGCACCUUGUUGAAUCUGUGAAAGCAGGUGUUCACCCCGAUAUUAGAAAGGUGUAUGGCUGGUGAGGGUAAAUCUGUGAGUGCUGAGGUGUAAAAUUAGCUUCAAAUAAAUUUAGUAAAUCCAAACUAAAAUAGUAGAUUCCAUAAAACAACCUGAUGCAUCUGAUGUGUGAAGUUCCUCAAACUAAAAGAAAAUGAAACAAGCACUUUUAGAGUUACAGCAGUGAUCCAGAAGGAUGGCAGCAUAAACCUCAUAAAUUUCAUGAUCAGAGCACCCACUCAAGAAUUUGUGUGGGCAGUCCUGUGGAAGAUACUCGGACUUCUGCAGUCGCUAUGCACACAUCCUCCAAGUAGGCACGUGGGAUAUCUUUCCACAGCUUUCAAUGUGUGUUCAUAAUUAUGGACACCAACUGCUUUGUAUUUUCCUCUCCUUCCUUUCUGGAAAUUAGUUUAAAAAUCAAAUGAAAGUGACACAUCUUUGAAAUACUAAACAAUUGUUUUAAUUUAGUUUAAUUUAAUCAUCAUGAUAGAUUUAAAAACUGUGUGAAGAAAAAACAAGCCUAUAUAUUUAAAAAAAAAAAACGGGAGAUGAUAACUAUGACUACCAAGAAAAAUGAGCACAGUGUGCAGAUGAAAGCGGUUAAAAGCUUAAAUUUAAGGUGAGGAGGAAAAUAGACUUUCCCGUUCUGAUAUGUUUUAAACAAACAGUAACUCCAAAAUUAAAUUUGUUUAUUAUUUUUCUCUUCUUAGAGAUUAAUCAAAACAUUUUUUAUAAAAAAGUUGCCGCUGCCGUUUUAUUUCGCAUGAAUGUCAACUUCGGUUCAGGAAAGCGCCAAAUUUUUAGAUUAAAAACAGAAGUUCAACCAAAUCUGAGGACAGUUUAACUGGAAAACAAGUACGCAUAUCUACCAAUUUUUAUCAAUACCCAAAAAAUGUUCAAAAGGUCAGAAGAUGGUUUGGGGGUUGGAGGACUUGGUUGACUGGUGGCUUUUAUGUAAAAGUGAAUUUUCUUAAUUCGCAUCCAAAAAAGUGGGAAUUUAAACUCAGUGCUCAAAGUGUGCAAUAAUUCAACCUUUUUAUCCCUGUGAUUGCAUCAAAUAACGCGUCUCACUCCUUAAAGGACCAAAUGUAAACAACUGUCAGCUCUGCUGCUCAAAAGAACGUUUUAAUCGAACCCAUCCGAUGUAACCGGUACCUCUCUCCCUCUAAGGAAAUCGCACACCACACAGUGUAUUUCAUGAAUGUAACAGUGCAGCAAACGUGCAAAGUUUUCCAAUCCAGCGAGAAACCAAAAAAAAGGAAACCAGAUGCUUCACUUUGGCUAAACAAUGCAAACAUCGUUCAAGUGUCCUCAUACUCUGUGGUGGUUGUUCCUCCUGUAAUCGGAAGAUAUCAUUUAAAAAACUGUAGCACGUUCCAAAAAUAAUGAUAUUAUUUGUUUUGGUUCCUGCAAAUCAUUUUAAGAGAGAGAGAUUUGGGCAUAUACGCACACACACAUUGACACAAAGUUCUGUAAAUAGCUACAGAAAAGAAAGUACAGAUGUUAUCCUACAGCUUUAUUUUCUUACCUACAUACACGGCAUGAUAUAUUUUAUUUUACA